AUGAGUAUAGAGACACAGAGUGCUGAAGCAUUGGUGUACAACCUACAAAGUAGCCCGCUAGGGGACUUAGUGGCAGCAGGAGCAGAGGAUGGGUCCAUCACUCUGUACAAAAUAGCAAGUGAUAGCACAGUUCCCGUGCAGAAGCUAUCGUAUAGCUCCUCUGCUAUAUUCUCUAUUCUCUUCAUGGACGAAAGAAUUGUAGCAUCAACACACGAUGGGCAUUUGCUGGUGUGGAAGAUGGGCGCAGGCGAGUAUGCGUUUGAGUCAUCUAUUUCUGUGUUCCAGGGAUGCAUUAAUGUAAUAUGCGAGUACAAGGGAGACAUCCUAUGCGGAUGCUCAGAUGGAAGAGUAAGAAGAGUCACAAUGGCAGGCAGCACGUCUAUGGAGUGCACAGCGCACAAACACGGCGUAACAGGAGUCACUGUCCACAAAGAGUACAUUAUUACAUCAGGAGUUGAUGGAUCUGUAAAGAUAUGGAAGGAUACAGAUCUUUCAUUGCUCUUGGAGAUAAAAGAACACACAAAGCCAGUGAGAGACUGCAAAGUGUGUGUUAAUGAGUACGGGUCUUUUAUUUUUGCAACCUGUGCAGACGAUGGGCUUUUGCUGAUAUUCACAGAAGAAAAAGACGCGCCCCUGAAGUUUGCGGUAGAUAAGCACGAGAUAGGAGCACCCUGCAGCAAGUUAGCAUGGACACAGCUGGGAUACGCCCUGGCUGUGGGGUAUGGAAAAGGCGAGGUAAAAGUCUUUGCGCCUGCAGGCCCAACAGAGUGGAAAGAAACGCCAACUAUACUUCCAUAA